AUGGAAGAUGAGCCCAUUCAAUACGGCCGGGUUCAAAUCCCCCACGGCUUUCCCAAGGAAGAGGAUUACAAUCCACCGCCUGCUCCUUCGCCCUAUUACGACUUGUGGUUACUUCCAGACCCUCCGCAUGAUGCAAAAGUUUGUUUCAACCGCGCAUGGACGGCCUUUGAAAAUGAUCGCGCAUUGUCCAGAGGCGUUUUGGAGACUCUUGCGAAACACCACUUCUGGGGUAUCGACUGGCACCAUACCGACAGAAUGAAGAAAAGUGUCAUUCUUAAGGGCCUUUGGAAGCUUUUCUACCAUAUGCCGGAACGUAACCGGCCUCAGACCUUGGGCGAGCUGGUUGAUCUUGGCCGGGAUGCUGGCCCUCGACUCUUAGGAUACGAACCACGCACUCCAGACCCUAACAAUUUGCAAUACGCCUCGGGAGAUAGGCUAAAUAGGGCCUUUAACGAUGCAACAGGAGCCGCUAGGCCUAUAGCUCCACCCCAGCCUGUCAGUAUCCAACACCCCCGUAUGCCUCCUGCGAUGCAGGAUGGUGGUAGUUACGACCCACCAUUCUGUAUGCCGGAGGAUGCAAAAAAACUUGGUUUACGUCCAAGUCAUGUUCGGCAGUAUCUUUUCCCGCUAUACAAGAUGAUGCUUCCCGAACAUCCCUGGACUCCCCUAGACCCCGAGAAUAUUCCAGAGGUGAAGCGCGAAGCUCCAGUGCGGCGAGAGGUGCUGAUUUCACGGAUCCAACAAACCUCAGAGGUCAAUGAAUUUGAUAUCCCAAGACUGAGUGAUGGCAAUCCUCCUUCUAGUAAUUUCCCGCCACUUCCCAGACCAAGUUACGCUACCGAAAAAGAAGUCAAUGUAGCGAUUGUGGAGGCUUUGAUGAAACUCACUUACCAUGAGCUUCAGCGGCAUGAGACUGCACCAACCCGUGGCAUGGCACCAUUCUUCCUUGCUGAAAACUCCGCAGAUUUAGACAUUAUCCAGGUUUAUAUGGGGUCUAGGGUUUCCGAGGUGAACAUUGACCUCGAAACCCUUGAGAUUAGUGCCUUCGGGACGGUAUGCCAAUAUAGGGGUCAAGGCCCGGUGAUGGGAUCUGUACCUUCUGCGUCCAUUGACACCGUCAUUGUUGUGGGAAUGUUAACCGAAGUCGGCUGCACUGCCAUAGAUCGUUAUGGGGGGCGACAUCAAUUUUUUGAUGACGUUGAGAUGGCCUUCAUCGAGGUGACUAACAUGAACUGGGAUUGCAUGAGUGCUGAACUCUCCGCGGAGCUUCGCGAUUCCUUCUUCCGAAAGCUACACACCAAUUAUCCCGCCUUUGGAAUGGGGCAAACUAUCCCUCCUUGGGCGGCAUGGGCGAAGCUGACGAGAAACUUUGCGCAAUUUCAAUACACAUUUCAAGAUCGCUCUCAUUACUGUGCGUGCGAAGGCAAGGCCUACGAGGACAGCCCUGUCACCAUUGGCAACUGCCUUUUACCCCCUUUUCAGCCAGAGGACCGCAAUGGUGUUACUCCAGGUGCUCUGGUUAGUCGGAAAUUAGGGGUUGAACAUAAAUGGGGCUGUGAAAUAUGUAACUUGACAAGGGGCGAAGGAAGUAUCACUGAACGGACUAUAACCAGACUUCCGCCCCGGCUGUCCUUGUUGACCAACUCUGAAACGCGCCUUGUUGAUCACACGGCUGAAUUCACUUUCGAAUAUCGCGGUUCGAAUGGCAUGAUUGAGGAGGCCAGGUAUCGAUGGCUUGGGGGAAUCUAUCACUGCGAUGGACGGCUUCGGGUUUAUUGGACCGACGGGGAGCCAGGUCAUACAGAUCCUAGGACUAUGCGUGGAUAUGACCCCAUCAGUAAAGAAGGCAUUAUUGCCGGGUCGAUUCCCUCAGCCAGCAAUGGUCGAAUUCCAUCUGACUGGCUACAGUCAACUAUCCCACUGCUGAUCUAUGAGAGAGUCAUCGAUCCGCCCAAGACAAGUUUGCUUUUCUGGGGAGCCCACAUCACGCAUAUGCUGAAGAAUAUCAAUGAAGGGCGGCCUGCUCUCCAUUCUCAUACCCUGCCUGUUCGUCGACGCCAUCUUCCAACUAAAAUGCACAAUGAUCGCCGAUUGCCUAGCCUCGGUGAUCGGUGCUUCGAAGUUCGUCGGCCGGAUCCAGGGACCCAGCUCGAACUGAAUCCUUCGAUCGGAAAUUCAGAAUUCAAUCUCUAUUCUUUGAUGAAGGUGAACCCAUUCCACUCGGUCAUCCCGAUUCUCUUUCAAGCUGUAGCCAAGUACCCUUUGCCAAAAAUGCCUCCGGGUGUCGCGCCAGAAUUGCCAGUCUACCCCUUGCCUAUUCCCGACGAAACCUUCGACUCGUUAUUGAGUAGUCCGGAUAUUUACUUUCAGAAUCCGCAAACAUGGUCAUUGGGCCCUAUGGAGGUACGAGAGCGCAGUGCUGAUCCCAAAGAUGAGGAAGAUUGGGCAGGUUUACAAGAUUGGCUUGAGUACGGCGAGCAGCCCCCAGCGUCACUAGUUCCACAAGCCCCACAAGGCAGGGGAGGAAAAGAAAAUGAUACACAAGUAGACAAGUUGGCGGAAGCACAACAGGCAGAAACAGAAGCCAAAGAGAAGGCACAAAAAAUGGCACAGGAGAUGUGGUUGCAGUGGAUCAACUUCAGCCCGACUCAGUCUCGGAAAUCCAGCACGGACAGUAAUAAAUACGUUCAGCCUCAAGAGAGCAAUAAAACACAUAUAGGUGGGACCUCGGUCGUACCCCGUUCAAGGAGAAGAGGAGGAGAGGAUGCAAGGGUUCAGCAAAGAGGGACCAAAGGCCACGGAAAGAAGAGGUGA